CGGGGUUCUACGUUAGGAACGACGAUCAUGGCUACCCGUGAGACCGCGAGACGCCUCAUGCAGCGCGUGGCCUCGGUUGGCCGUGCGCGCCAGAUGUCCUACGCGGCCGGCGAGGAGCCCGCGGUGUUCGUCAACAAGCACACCAAGGUCAUCUGCCAGGGUUUCACCGGCAAAAACGGCACGUUUCACAGCGAGCAGGCCAUCGCCUACGGCACGAACAUGGUCGGGGGCGUCACGCCAAAGAAGGGCGGCACCACUCACCUCGGCCUCCCCGUCUUCAACACCGUCGCCGAGGCCAAGGCUGAGACGGGCGCGAACGCGUCGGCCAUCUACGUCCCGCCCCCGUUCGCCGCCAAGGCCAUCAUGGAGGCGAUGGAGGCUGAGAUCGACCUCGUCGUUUGCAUCACGGAGGGGAUCCCCCAGCACGACAUGGUCCGCGUCAAGCAGGCGCUCAUGAGGCAGAGCAAGACCCGCCUCAUCGGCCCCAACUGCCCGGGCAUCAUCAAACCCGGCGAGUGCAAGAUCGGCAUCAUGCCGGGGUACAUCCACAAGCCCGGCAGGAUCGGCGUCGUCUCCCGAUCCGGCACCCUGACCUACGAGGCUGUGUUUCAGACCACCCAGGUUGGCCUCGGCCAGUCCACCUGCGUCGGCAUCGGCGGCGAUCCGUUCAACGGGACCGACUUCGUCGACUGCCUCGAGAGGUUCGUGAAGGACGACGAGACCGAGGGCAUCAUCAUGAUCGGAGAGAUCGGAGGCAACGCCGAGGAGCAAGCCGCGGAGUUCAUCAAGGCGUCGGGGACCACCAAGCCGGUCGUGAGUUUCAUCGCGGGGCUCACCGCGCCGCCCGGCCGGCGGAUGGGACACGCGGGCGCAAUCAUCGCGGGUGGUAAGGGCGGCGCGCAGGAUAAGAUCAACGCGCUCGAGUCCGCGGGUGUGACCGUCGUGAAGUCGCCCGCGCAGAUGGGUAACGUCAUGUACGACAUCUUCAAGGAGAGAAACAUGCUCUGAUUGACGACGAUCGGCGAGGCGUCACGGUACGCGUACGUAGUUUCUAUUUUGAGUUUUGUCAAGAAUUGAGUUUUGAUACGAAGGUAAAACGUAAG